UAUUUUUUCCCCACUCCACCAGUAGAGCAGCAGCAGUAGCCAAAUAACAAAGAAAACAUUCCACCCCUCCUUCCCCAAUUCGCAGCUCACCAACCAAAAAAAAAAACAAAAAACAAAAAUUUGAUCUCGGCCCACCGGUGGAACGGAAUCAAAAAGCAUGGCGUCGGCUGAGCUGAUCCGUCUCCGCUUCCUCCUCCUCCUGUCCGCCGCCAUCCUCACCGGCGCUACCGACCACAUCGUCGGCGGCCACCUCGGCUGGAAUCCCAACAUCAACUACUCCCUCUGGUCCAACAACCAGACAUUCUACGUCCACGACCUCAUCUCGUUUAGGUACCCGAAGAACAUGUACAACGUGUUCGAGGUGAACAAGACCGGGUACGACAACUGCACGAUGGACGGGUUGGUCGGGAACUGGAGCUCCGGCAAGGACUUCAUCCACCUCGACCAGCCCAAAACCUACUACUUCAUCUGCGGCAAUGGCUUGUGCUUCAGCGGCAUGAAGGUCGCCGUCCGGGUCUUCGCCCUCCCUACCUCCGCCGCCUCUCACACAGCUUCCAACUCCUCCUCCCGCGCCACCUCCGCCUCCCCGGUCCCCCGCCCCUGGCCCGCGACGCUCGUUGCCCUCGCCGCCGUCCUUGCUGUGGCCUGGAUCGGGAUCGGAUCUGCCGGGAUCUGAUCGGAUCUAUCUGUCUCCUCUUCUUUUCUUUAGGUCGUUUGCGCGUGAGUUUGAUCCUUGCCUGCACGGGAGUUUUUCUGAAGCGUUCGCGAAGUUUCCUUUUUUUUUUUUUAAACGCACUCGCGUUCUCUAUGUUUUUAUUUUUCCUGCGCACAUUUUAAUCCAUUGGAGUGUGUCAUUAUGUGGUUCAGUAAGCCGGCAAGUGGGUCUGAUAUCUCUGUUUUUGGGCCAAAAAAUACGAUGGCAGCAGGUUUCCCGACA